AGAGUUCAAAUUCUAUCAUCAGGAAGCUUCAGCUCAGACUUUCUUGUGACUCAAACGGAAGAAGAAUGCAACUAAUUUUGAUGCACUUUGACAUCGGACAGGAAAGAUUUGCGCUCGAGAAACGGCAACAAAGAGAGGAGCACUGGACUCGAAUGACGUGUUUAUAAUUGACAGUGGACUCAAAAUUUACCAGUGGAAUGGUAUGUUUAACAAAGAUAGAAAGAAGGCUGAAAAAGCUACUGAAUACGCCAAAGAGCUUCAGACUGAGCGUGGAACAUCAGGAUUCACUGUGGUCAUUGUCGACGAAAGCGAGAAGACAAAGAACCAUGCUCUGUACGAUCUUUUCCCAUAUCAGGCUAAAAAGCGGAAACCAUCCAGACAAGAGUCUAUUGCUCUAACUGUUGGACAACUUCAGAAGAAAAAAAUGAUGUUUACUGUCAAUUUGACUCCUCGACUGGAAUUCAAGAAAGUUGCAGAAGGAGCAGAUCUCUGCAGUCGAAGGAUGAAUUCUGAAGAAGUGACCCUUGUCGAUGUACGUUUCGGAAAGAUGGAUGCCGAAGACCAUUUGUUUGUACGAGUUGGAGAAGACUGGGUAGGAGACAAGAACAGUGGCUUGAUUUAUGCUCAUCUCUACCUUCAGCAAUGCCCAGAGGUGGAUCAGCAUCCUACUAUUGCAGUCACUGUGGUUAAGGAAGGACAACUGUCUACUCAACUGAAUGGCGCAAUAAGCUCAUGAAUCAAAUCGUCGUGUCAAAGCAAGCCCUUAAAAAGAUUCUUCACCAGAUUAGUUUAGAUUCCAAAUAAAUAAAUAUUUCGUUUCGUCCGCUUAUGCACUGCAAUUCUAAGAGCUCCUUAACUUUUAAUAAUUUAGUAAAGAGCAAGCUGCUCAUGUUGUUAAAGCAAUGUAGGUUCAAAUACAAAUAAAAAAUGUUGUCUAAAAGUUGCGAAUAAUAAAAGCAUUCAACCUCAA